CGCCGAGGCCAGCUGGGGAGGCGCCACAUCCGGCGGCUGCCCUGUACUUCAUAAAGCGGCCGCCGCGGUUUGCUUCGGUUCCAGUCCUGGGCUUUUCUCGACUGCUGGAGCAGCUGCUCCAAUGUCCCAGAGCGGCCAUGAGCGCCCCGCACUGGUGGGACCAGCUGCGGGCUGGCAGCUCAGAGGUGGACUGGUGCGAGGACAACUACACCAUCGUGCCUGCCAUCGCCGAGUUCUACAACACGAUCAGCAACGUCCUGUUCUUCAUUCUGCCGCCCAUCUGCAUGUGCCUGUUCCGGCAGUAUGCAGCCUGCUUCAACAGCGGCAUCUACUUGAUCUGGACUCUCCUAGUUGUAGUGGGAAUUGGAUCCGUCUACUUCCAUGCAACCCUUAGUUUCCUGGGUCAGAUGCUUGAUGAACUUGCAAUCCUUUGGGUUCUGAUGUGUGCUCUGGCCAUGUGGUUCCCCAGAAGGUAUCUACCAAAGAUUUUUCGGAACGACAGGGGCCGGUUCAAGGCAGUGGUCUGCGUCCUGUCUGCGGUUACAACGUGCCUGGCAUUUGUCAAGCCCGCCAUCAACAACAUCUCUCUGAUGACCCUCGGAGUUCCUUGUACUGCUCUGCUCGUGGCGGAGCUAAAGAGGUGUGACAAUGUGCGUGUAUUUAAACUGGGCCUCUUCUCGGGCCUCUGGUGGACCCUUGCCCUCUUCUGCUGGAUCAGUGACCGAGCCUUCUGUGAGCUGUUGUCCUCCUUCCACUUCCCCUACUUGCACUGCGUGUGGCACAUCCUCAUCUGCCUUGCGGCCUACCUGGGCUGUGUGUGCUUUGCCUACUUUGAUGCUGCCUCAGAGAUCCCCGAGCAAGGGCCUGUCAUCAAGUUCUGGCCCAGCGAGAAAUGGGCCUUCAUCGGUGUCCCCUAUGUGUCCCUUUUGUGCGCCAACAAGAAAUCUCCAGUCAAGAUCACAUGAUAGCAAGGUGGUGGCUGGCUUCUCUGCCUGUUUUCCCUCAUGCACUGGGCUUCAUUUGCUAGCAAAGACAGCCAAGGGGGGUCAGUGAGUUGGGGUGUGGCCCGUCUUUUAAAAUUUCUGUUCCCUUGGGCUCUAACUAGUUUGUCUGUAGCCUGCAGGAUUCCCCUAGGCACAGAAGUGAGUGUCUUUCCCUUUCCCAAAGAUGGAGAGUAGAGGCUUAGGGACACUAGGUGUAUCCUUCACAGCCUCAUUUCUAAAUGCAGUGGCUUUUGGGUUGAAUCCUUUAUGGCCGUGCAGAGCAGGCCUUCGAGAAACCCAGCCCUCCACAGUGCCUCUCUGCCUGGGGCCUACUACAGCCCCUGCCAUUCCCAGGCAACCUUGGAGCGAACUGUACUGUUGACAGACAGACCCAGCAAGGACAAGACCCUCUGACUCCGAUGGAAGGUGCUAGAGAUUUUCAUUUGGGAAAACUGCCCUUAGACAAAACUAAACAAAUGAAAUACACACAGGGUUUGUGGCUAAAUAGGCUAGUUUUUCACUUGCAACUCUCAACUACCCAGGUUUUACAAACAUUUGUGAAUCCUUUUACUACUACCUCUUGCUGAGAGAUGGAGACUUGCUUUCAGAUGAGGGUAAAGCUAACGAGUAAAACCCUCGGUGCCAAAAUCUGCUCUCCACUGUAAGCCGUUCUUGAAGAUGAGCACAAUUUUUAAAGUAUUGAAAUUACUUCUGCCUCCCCUCUCCUGCCUCAGCUCAGUAGCCUCAAAUACACAGAAUAGACCCACCUCCUAUGAUCUGACCUCUGUAAGAUUACCAAAGGGCUCCUUACAAUUUUGGUGGAGGUGUUGGUUCAACAUUUGGAACAAACAUGAACUUUUUGGAAACUUUUUUUUCUUAUGUGAAGCCUCCAGGAUGCUGUUGUAUUCUGGAAAUUAUCUUCAGAACUGUCACCUCUGCUUUCUCUGACUUUCCUGAGGACCUAUGCUCCUCACCCUCGGAGUACAAGGUGCUUCCUGUGGUUUCUCAGAGCAUCUGACUGCUCACUCUACCCACGUGCUGGCAGUAACCACACACUCACUGCCUGGUUUGAGUGGCUGGUGCAGCAGGACAAAUCCGUUGCCUUCUGAAUUUUUCUUAUCUAAUGAGACGCUGGCUACUAUUUACCUUCUCUUCCUUGGGGUGAAUGAAAGAUUCCAAUCUGUCUCCAAGGCAUAAGGUGGGAAUUAUCGAUCUCAGGGAUAAUUUUAACUCAGGCAUCUCCUGCUUUUUAACAUUCCAUUGGUGGGUGAAGGCAGGACAGACGUGUCCUUCUUAUGUGGACAGGAGUCAUGUCACUGGCCUAAGAAUCUAAAAGUUGACAAGUUUUUGGCACAUCCAGCAGCUCUUUAAUGUGGUGAGAAAUGGCACAGGUGAUCCAAGGUGAGAAACCCAAUCAGCAACUGAAUUACGAGUCUGAACAUGAAUUUCUUUAUUCUACCUCUUGUCAUCAGAUUACUUAGCAGCAGAACCUUGUUCGCAGUAAGAAAUCUUUAUGUGUAAAGUAAGUUAUAUUUUAUUAACUCCAAUUUAUUUAAUGUUAAAUUUAUAGCAUUUACUUAGUAAUAUAUCAGGUAGUGAAAGUACAAGUUAACACAUUGGUGAUUUCCAAGGUAGAAAAAUUUGGUGUUAAAUGGGUGUACAUGUUGCUUUGUCAUAGUUUAAAAAUUUUUCAAAAAUGAUAUUUGUAUUAAACAUUUGUGGAACCUCAAAUGCACCUCUCUGAGACCUAGGUGGUUCAUGGAACAGAACUGCUGUUAAGUCUUUUGGGCUUCAAGUUUUUCUUUCUUUCUUUUUCUUUUUUGAGACAGAGUCU